AUGGCCGGACAACAGUUCCAGUACGACGACAGCGGCAAUACGUUUUUCUAUUUCCUCACGUCCUUCGUCGGACUUAUUGUGAUCCCGGCCACAUAUUACCUGUGGCCGCGGGAUCAGAACGCUGAGCAACUGCGCCUGAAGAGCCUGCGGAGGGUGCAUGGCAGGUGCCUGUGGUACCGGCUCCGGCUGAUGAAGUCGCAGCAGAGCGUCGUGCCAACGCUGAAGAAAGCGGCCCUGCUGUUUGGGUGGGCCGUGUUCCUGCUGCUGGCCUACAAGGUGUCCAAACUGGACAGGGAGUACCAGGAGUACAACCCGUACGAAGUCCUCAACUUGGACCCGGGUGCGUCGGUGUCAGAAAUCAAGAAGCAGUACCGUGUACUGUCUCUCAAGUACCACCCGGACAAAGGCGGCGACGAGGCCACGUUCAUGAGAAUCGCCAAAGCCUAUGCUGCUUUAACCAAUGAACAGUCGCGACAGAACUGGGAAACGUACGGCAACCCAGAUGGUCCAGGAGCCACCAGCUUCGGUAUCGCCCUGCCGGCCUGGAUUGUUGACCAGAAGAACUCCAUGCUGGUGUUGUUGGUCUACGGCCUCGCCUUCAUGGUCAUCCUUCCUGUAGUCGUGGGCACAUGGUGGUACCGCUCGAUCCGAUACAGCGGAGACCAGAUCCUCAUCAGCACCACGCAGCUCUUUAUGCAUUUUAUGUACAAGACACCGAACAUGAACAUGAAACGAUUAACCAUGGUGCUGACUGCAGCCUUCGAAUUUGACCCGCGCAGCAAUAAAGAGGCCACCAUAAGGCCCACAGACAACAUCGAAGUACCGCAGUUGAUCCGUGAAUUGGGGAACAUCAACGUGAAGAAGAAAGAGCCUCCGUUCUGUUAUCCAUACAGUUUGAAGGCCAGGGUGCUGGUGCUUUCCCAUCUGGCCCGCAUGGAGGUAUCAGAGGAGUUGGACGAAGAUCAGAGAUUUGUGAUGCGAAAGAGUCCAGCUCUCCUUCAGGAGAUGAUCAACGUGGGCUGCCAGCUCACCAUGAUGGCCAACAGCAGAGGAGGUUUCCACGCUCCCAGACUGGUGACCAUCGAGAAUUGUAUGAAGCUCACCCAGAUGAUCGUGCAGGGCCUGCAGGAGUCGAAGUCCCCCCUGCUGCAGCUGCCUCAUUUCGAAGAGGAGCAUCUUCGCUACUGCAUUUCUAAGAAGUAUAAGGUGCGGACCCUGCAGGACCUGGUGAGCCUGAAGGACUCGGACAGACGCAGCAUGCUGCGUUUCCUGGGGGAGGAGAAGUACGACGAGGUCAUGGCUGUGCUCGGCAGCUUCCCUCACAUCACCAUGGAGAUCAAGCUGCAAGUCCUUGAUGAUGAGGACAGCCAUAACAUCACUGCAGGCUCCAUCGUCACAGUAACUGUUACCUUAACCAGAAAACGCAUGGCAGACAUGUUUGAGAAGGAGCAGGAAGCAUCGGCAUGUCCAGGAGAGGAGGCCGCCAACGCAGAGGAAGCAGGAGACACAAAUAAAGCUAAAACCAAAGUGUGGCAGAACAAGAACAAAGGGGCCAAGAAGACAGCCAAGUCCAAGAAGAAGAAAUUAACCAAGAAGAAAGCAACGCCGGCUCCCAUUAAAGCCAAGCAGGCUAACGGCAACGUGGCAGGAAACGACGUGGCGGCUGCAGCAUCAGCUCCAGCAUCCGCAGCGAAGGAAGACGACGACGAAGCUUCAGAUAAAGGCAGCGAGUCGGACGACGGCGAGGCCAACAAGGACUCCCCCAGCGAAAGAGACGACGAGAGCGACAAACAGAGCGACACCGAGGUCGACGAAGGGGCCGGGGACGACGAGGAGGAGUGGGAGGCGCUGCAGCAGAGCAUCCAGCGGCGAGAACGAGCGCUGCUGGAAACCAAGUCGAAGGUGACGCACCCCGUCUACAGCCUGUACUUCCCAGAGGAGAAGCAGGAGUGGUGGUGGCUGUACAUCGCCGACCGCAGAGACCAGACACUCGUCUCCAUGCCCUACCAUGUCUGCACACUAAAAGACUCAGAGGAGGUGGAGCUAAAGUUUCCAGCCCCGUCCAAAACGGGCAACUACCAGUACUCAGUCAUCCUCCGUUCUGAUUCCUACCUGGGCCUGGAUCAGAUCAAACCACUUAAGCUGGAGGUCCACGAGGCCAAAGCCAUGUUGGACAACCACCCGCAGUGGGACAUCCCCGACACGGAGGAGGAAGACGAGGAGCAGGAGGACAGCGACGGCAUCGAGGAGAGCGACGACGAAGACGAGGACAACGACUGAAGGGGGCAGACGUGAACGCGUUCGGGACCCAUUCACUAGUGACGAGGAGAAGCCGUGCCUGCCAUAAACAGAAAAAAAAAAACCCUAAACAAAACAAAAAAAAACCCACACACACACGCAGAAUGAAUAAAUCACAGAGGAGAGUUUAUACGCUCAGAACCCGCCACCGUUUUACUUUUCCAAUGUCAUAAACUGUGAGCCCACGUCCCCCAGCUCCCCCGCCUCCCCCUUUCUACAGAGACUCGUGUUUCAGGCGGAGAUUUCUGUGAAUACUAACAGGCCUGAGUGUGUGAGUAUACGCGUGCGUGUGUGUGUGUGUGUGCUGUGUAAAGUGUAUGUGUUUGUACAGGUAUGAGAGGACAAAAAAAAAAAAAAAAACAGUGUGGACUAAAGGACCCAUUAUUCUAAAAUGGGUUUUUAUUCCUCGGGGCGGAUAAAUAACGGCUACAUCCAUUUUUGCAAAAACUAACAGAAACAAACUCUGUAUGGAGGUUGUCGCCACUCCUUGGUUUUAGAAAUCCUUCUGCGCCGCUAAUUUCCACACCAGUGAUACUUUCUGUUGUACACUUCAUCUGCAGAGACGUACAUUAAAGAAGCAUUUUUCCCUUUUGAGUGCAGGGAGGGGGGCACAA